AUGGAAGAGGCUUACAGAGAUAGGACUUCACUGAUGAAAGGUGCCAAGGACAUUGCCAGAGAGGUGAAGAAACAGACAGUGAAGAAAGUGAACCAAGCAGUGGACCGGGCCCAGGAUGAAUAUACCCAGAGGUCCUACAGUCGGUUCCAAGACGAGGAUGAAGACGAUGACUAUUACCCACCCGGAGAUACCUACAAUGGGGAAGCUAAUGAGGAUGAAGGCUCCAGUGAAGCUACCGAGGGCCAUGAUGAGGAAGAUGAGAUCUAUGAAGGGGAGUACCAGGGCAUCCCCAGCAUGAGCCAGGGGAAAGACGGCAUAGUGUCGGUGGGGCAGCCCAAGGGGGAUGAGUACAAGGACCGCCGGGAGCUGGAGUCCAAGAGGAGGGCUGACGAGGAAGAGCUGGCCCAGCAGUAUGAGCUGAUCAUCCAGGAGUGUGGCCACGGCCGGUUCCAGUGGGCCCUGUUCUUUGUGCUGGGCAUGGCGCUCAUGGCAGAUGGUGUGGAGGUGUUUGUGGUGGGCUUCGUGUUACCCAGUGCGGAGACGGACCUGUGCAUCCCAAAUUCAGGAUCCGGAUGGCUAGGCAGCAUAGUGUACCUCGGGAUGAUGGUGGGGGCGUUCUUCUGGGGAGGACUGGCAGACAAAGUGGGAAGGAAACAGUCUCUUCUGAUUUGCAUGUCUGUCAACGGAUUCUUUGCCUUCCUUUCUUCAUUUGUCCAAGGUUAUGGCUUCUUUCUCUUCUGUCGCUUACUUUCUGGAUUCGGGAUCGGGGGAGCCAUUCCCACUGUGUUCUCUUACUUUGCCGAAGUCCUGGCCCGGGAGAAACGGGGUGAGCAUCUAAGCUGGCUCUGCAUGUUCUGGAUGAUCGGUGGCAUCUACGCCUCUGCCAUGGCCUGGGCCAUCAUCCCGCACUACGGGUGGAGCUUCAGUAUGGGCUCAGCCUACCAGUUCCACAGCUGGCGCGUCUUCGUCAUCGUCUGUGCACUGCCCUGUGUCUCCUCGGUGGUGGCCCUCACGUUCAUGCCCGAGAGCCCACGGUUCUUGUUGGAGGUUGGAAAACACGAUGAAGCUUGGAUGAUCCUGAAGUUAAUUCAUGACACCAACAUGCGUGCACGGGGCCAGCCCGAGAAGGUCUUCACGGUAAACAAAAUCAAAACCCCUAAGCAAAUAGAUGAGCUGAUUGAAAUCGAGAGUGACACGGGAACUUGGUACCAGAGGUGUUUUGUUCGAGUCCGCACCGAGCUGUAUGGAAUUUGGUUGACUUUUAUGAGAUGUUUCAACUACCCUGUCAGGGAAAAUACAAUAAAGCUCACGAUCGUUUGGUUCACCCUGUCCUUUGGGUACUAUGGAUUAUCUGUGUGGUUCCCUGAUGUCAUUAAACAUCUUCAGUCCGAUGAAUAUGCACUGCUAACUAGAAAUGUGCAAAAAGAUAAAUAUGCAAAUUUCAGUAUUAACUUUACAAUGGAAAAUCAGAUUCACACUGGAAUGGAAUACGACAAUGGCAGAUUCCUAGGGGUCAAGUUCAAAUCUGUAACAUUCAAAGAUUCAGUGUUUAAAUCCUGCACGUUUGAGGAUGUGACUUCAGUCAACACCUACUUCAAGAACUGCACAUUUAUUGAUACCAUUUUUGACAACACAGAUUUUGAGCCGUAUAAAUUCAUUGACAGUGAAUUUCAGAACUCCUCGUUUUUUCACAACAAGACGGGGUGCCAGAUUACCUUUGAUGAUGACUACAGUGCCUACUGGAUCUAUUUUGUCAACUUCCUGGGGACACUGGCGGUGCUUCCAGGGAACAUCGUGUCCGCUCUGCUGAUGGACAGAAUCGGCCGCUUAACCAUGCUAGGUGGCUCGAUGGUCCUCUCGGGGAUCAGCUGCUUCUUCCUGUGGUUCGGCACCAGCGAGUCCAUGAUGAUCGGCAUGCUGUGUCUGUACAAUGGGCUGACCAUCUCGGCCUGGAACUCUCUCGAUGUGGUCACUGUGGAGCUGUACCCCACAGACCGGAGGGCCACAGGCUUCGGCUUCCUGAAUGCCCUCUGUAAAGCAGCGGCCGUUCUGGGCAACCUAAUAUUCGGCUCCCUGGUGAGCAUCACCAAAGCCAUCCCCAUCCUGCUGGCUUCGACUGUGCUCGUGUGCGGAGGACUCGUGGGGCUGCGUCUGCCCGACACACGAACCCAGGUCCUGAUGUGAUGGAAACAAAAGCCAUGCUCUGUGCUCUUCCUUCUCCUGCCCUGAGUCGAGUCUCUGGAUGCACUCAAGGCUUUGGGUUUUUCAGAUCUAGGAAAAUGGUCAAAUAUCAGAACACAACCUGUUACUGUGACUUAAAAUGUAGAUGUGUAUCAUCUUCCCCUUCCAUGUGGUUUUGGACCGGUUUAUUUUUCGUGCAUUGUUCAUCUUUCCUGACUGUGACACUGCUGCCUCCCAAAAUAUCAGGGGAAGAACUGCUAAAAUGUCCUAGUUGGCCAGGCCUCCCUGGGAUGCUGCUCGCUGAAGGUUCAGACACUAAGCAAAAGCCUGUUGUUGUAAGAAAUAGAUCCUGCUCCGAAGGCAACAUUAGCAGGAAAUAUACAUUGCCAUAUUAUUACAGUUUUGCUGAGGAGAGGGAUUCUUUUCUUUUUUUUUUUUCAAACAGAGUACUAUUUCCUGUUUACUUAGAAAAGGACACCCAGCAAUUUUUGCUGUUACAGCAGGGCCUUUCAAAGAAAACCAUGUGGUACACACAGGCUUGGGUGGGGCUCUUUCGGGCAGACAAUUAAGGUAGCUGUGUCCACAAGAAAAACAAAGGCUCAAGCAGUUACCACCAAAAACCAGAGUGAGCAGAAGCAGACAGAAAGUCCAAUUAAACUUCUAAAAAGUCUGAGGUGAAAGCAUUAUACCAGUGUUGGUGAUUGUGGCAUGUAUGUGGAUCACACUGUUUCAAAGUCAGUUUGCCUCCAUUUACCCUGCCCUCACCCACAUCUCAGACUGUGGUGGAUACUUGCCAGACAGAUUUAGAGGAGAGUCACUUCUUAAAAACCAGGCAUGAGCCAGGCAUGGUGGCUCAGGUCUGUAAUCCCAGCCCUCUGGGCAGCUGAGGCAGGAGGAUCACAAGUUAGACAGCACCCAGCCUGGGCAACUGAGUGACUUAGUUGCCUCAGUGCAAUGACCCUGGGUUCAUUCCCCUGUAUCACCAAAAAAUAAAAACAUCUGCCUACCUGAUUUUGCUAUUCAGACCAAUUUCUGUAGUCUAGAGAUUACAGUGGAUAUCUAAAUUGUAAUAAACUGCAAAUUUGGAAGAAAUUCACACCUAAAACCACAUGAAAAUGCACAGUGGUACCUCUUCCUGUACCUGUUUUCUAAAGAACAAUCUUACCCAAUCCCCUUUGGUGAAAGUUGGCAUUUACCUUCCUAGCUGGCAUCAUGGAAGCAGAUGCCCCCUCCAAGCUCCGCCUGGGCUGGCACCUGGUCCCAGAACUGGCUUGUACUCCAGAGGAGUCUCCACCAGACUAGGGCAGCAUCUCCUGGUGACCAUCUGCCUGCUCACUUUACCUCUGGAGACUCCCUGGGCUGGGAAGCAAGAGGUCACCAGGACAUUCCCACAGGGCCAGCUGUCAUCUACAAAACCUUCUCUCUCUGGAGCUGCCCCUCCCCCAAGUGCAUCCCUUUUACACAUCUUUGAAAUCUGAAGCCUCCUUGUGGACUUGCAGCCAGGAAAUAAAUCCCAUAUUUAACAAGAUUCCUUUUUUAACUCUCCAUGUCUUGUUGGAGGGUGAGCCUCAUUAGCUCUUCUAGGAUCUUGCAGGAAGGGGCAGGCUUUUGUUUCCACUCAUCUUUACAUCAAGAGAGGUCCUCAUUCCCUAGGGACCCCUCAGGGUCUUUUCCUCGCCUCAGGAUCCUUCUUGAACUGGCACUGAAAAGUGUCUGUCAUUAACAUAAGCCAUGAAUCAAUGGGGCUAGUGGAGGGGGCAGCCAGAGUGGGGCUGUGGUGGGAAGAAGGUGUCUCCCUGGGGAGGUAUGUAUGUGUCAGGAACGGAACAUCAAGAAAACUCAAACCAAAAUCUGCAGGGAUGAAAGGAAGAAGGAAAAUCAGUAGAGACUGGAGGACAUGACUUAUUUGAGAGAUAGGGCCAGAAUUUAGCUCAGUGGUUCCGCCGCCGCCUGCCUUGCAAGUGCAAGGUUCUGAGUUCUAUCCCAGGGACCAAAAACAAAACAAAACUUACUUGAGAGAUAACAACAAAGCAGGAAAAGAAAGAGAACUCCACCCCUCACUUCUUUCUCCUGCUGUAUUAUUGGAGAACAAAAGACUGCAGUUGAGAACCCAAGAAAGUACCCUGUAUGUUAUUCUGUUUCCAUGUGGACUCAUUUCCCUGCUUCUCUUCCCCUUGAUUUGUCUUCUUUACAAAAGGACCUGAUGGGGAGUGAGCAGAGCUUUUAGUUAAAUGGGUCAUGUGCAGAAUAACUGAGAAAAUGAGUCUUCUCUCUGUCCACCGUGCAAAAGAAAGGCAGAAAUGUGCAUGUCUUGCUAGCUGUCCAUGAUAGUUAACUUUGCUUACUAGACUAUCCUUUGUUUUUAAAAAUUCUCUAUUGUCCACUGUAGAUUCUAAAUGCAUAAAAUAUCUACCAAGCUGUGGGGCACAGACAUUCAGAUUUUUAUCUGAACACUGGGCCGGGCUAGCAGGACCCUGGUUCAUGAGACCUCCCACUUUGUGUCCCCCUCAGAAGGACCAUGCUUGGCCUUCUUAUCAUCUAACCUGAGCCUCCUGGGUGGCCCAAGAGGGAUCUCUUCUAAUGUUCUGGACAGUGUGUGGUCACAAACCUUCUUGGUCACCACCUUUUCCACUUUCCAUACACUUUCCUCUGCCUCCCUCACUCAGUUCAUUCCCUUACUGUCUGUGAGGGCUCCUGUUGCUUUCAAAGGUGUGUGGUGUGGCCUGCUGGGCUUACUCAUGGUGUAGCUGAGGAUUAGGGUACAACUGUGAGAUCAAACAGAAACUCGCAGUUGUGUGAGGGUAACUGGCCACUGGCACUUGAACAUGCAACUGUAGAUGUAGUUUCAUCUACAGUAGAAGGAAAAUGAAAGUGUAAAGGUGAAAGCCUAGCAAACAAUCUCACUUACUCCUGUAUUUCCAACUCUUUUUCUAACUAAAAUUUCCCCUUAGCUAUUUAGAAUUGAUUCAGAGUCCUGUUAGUCCUGAGUCCUGUUACUAUCACCGAAUCUUCUCAGUGUGGAUAACAAACAGCUCCUGUAAAUUAGGUAUUCUGCACCACCUUAUCCCCAGGUAUUGGGUCUUCAGGCACCAACUUGCUCCCAGUCCUGCUGCCUGACUCAUGACCCACAGAGACGAGACCAAUGGGUCCCAUGCCAGCUCUGCCACUAGGGACUGGGGAGCCCCAGAUCUUGCCUGGGAUUGAACAUCUCUGGUCCUUAGUUUUUCUAUUGGUAGAGUUAAAGAUUGGGACUACUUUGUUCUCCAAGUUCGAGAAGAUUGUCAUGAAAAUAACUUCAUCUUCUCUAUCUUCUGAUGAACCAGCACUAAGUUGGCUCAGUUUACACACUGAAAACUUUUAAAAAUAAGCAAGUAUAUAAGGGGGCAAGAACUUGCUUGGAAAGGUCUUCUGGGAUAGACCAGAGAGUGUAGUUCUUACAUUGUUUGCCCCACCUGCUCCUCACAGCCCUGAGCGUUAUAUCAAUUCAAAGAAGCUGGACAGUUACCAUGGCCCAACCAGAGAAGGGACCCACCCUGAUGGAUGUACCCACAGUAGGAAGACUCUCCAACCACACCACUACCGCAAAGGGUGAAUCCCACAGCUCCUCCAUUCCAUUGCUUUCUUGAAACAUGGCCUUAAGUAGACCCAGGCCAUCAGAAACAGAGUUUCUCAGUGAGUUCACCUCAGUUGGGAAAUGGACCUUCACUUACAAGUCUCACCAAAUCACAGCUCAGGUUUGCACUAAGAACUCAUUGGCUGUUUUUCAGAUUAUUUUAAGGGUUCAAGGAGAGCUGGGAAAAGAAAUGUGGUGGCAGAGGGAAAGUCUGAGACAUCAUUGAUAAAGUUUUAGGGACAAGAGGAGGCCACUGCAGAGACACUCUAAGCCUUGGAAUUGUUCCCCUCACAUCCCAUGGGAAAAUCUUGUGAUUUCUUCUCUGAAACCAAAGCAUAAUAUGAUACUCUCCAACUUUUUCUGUUUAAUUUCAAAAUGGUCUUUAUCUGUUUCUUCAUAAGACACUUUACCUGUUCAUGCAUAGAAGUUUCAUGCAGCCAGGAACAUCUGAUUUGGGCCUUCACCUACAAUCACAGGAGGAAAACUGCUUGUUGUUAUUCAGAGACAUACUGGAUGCAUAUCGAGUUUCCUUUUAAUUCCCAGAUUAUGCCAAACUAAGUCUGAUUACUAUACCUACAAAAACACCAGUCGUGUUGUUGCAACAAAAUCUAGGCAUUCGGGCACUCUGAAGUGAACUAUAGAGGAUACAUUUAUUAGUUUUUGUUCCUGCUGAGCAGUGUUUUGAGCAAUGCCUCUCUUGUAAACUGUGUAAUGUAGAUGAAAGGAAAUGGUCAGUGUCCUCUGGGUGCAAUGCAUCUUGUUUGAGGAGUGGAGUGAUCAUUCUGCGUGCACCAUUCAUUGACUUCUCUCCCUGUCAACAGUCUGUCCCCAAUCAGACACAGAGCCUUUGCCAAAACUUUUGCCAUCUUUCUAGAACAAUACCUAGAGCCAGCUUAGCAAUCCCAGCAUUUGGAGUUGUAAGAGUUCAGCUCCUGAGUCUAUGUAGGUACUGAUGAAGGGUAGGGGAGAGAGCUGGCUGACUUUCAUGUGCUUAUUCCCUUGAUAUUUAUGAAGCACCUCCCCAUGUGCUGUGUAUCCAGGUGCUGAGCUGUGUGCAGAUAAUUAACCCUUUGCUGGGUUUAAAUAAGAGCAAGGAAGUGCAUUCCUGCCUUACUUAUUAAGCUCCUUACCCCAUCUUCAUAAAGUGCAUUUUUCUGCAUGUAAAACUGUGCAGUAAUUAGGAUUACUUUUGACAGAGAAGACCCCUUUAUUGCCUGGCCUUUGUUGGAGGGAAAAUGAGAAAAAUAGACCCCCACGCAUGCUGUCUUUAGGAAAUUGUGCUAAGACACUAUUCAAGGAAAAGAGCAGCAGAGAUAGGCCCAUCUUUUUAGAGAUGCUCCUUUCUUCUGAGGUUCUUUUCAAGGUCUGAAGUGGAGAAUGUUCCCAAGCUGUAGGCUAGGGUUUUCUCUCCAGAGCCUUGGCAGCCAACUGCUGCUUCCCUGGCCCCUGCCUCCCAGGUGUUAUGUUUCUGAUGUCCCAAUUUGUGACUGAGUCAAGCUGUCUUUGCAGACACCCUAGAGCAACUUCCCCUUCUCCACCUCGGGCAGAUAAGCCACCCGGAAAACAGGUUCUGACAGCACUCGCUGUCCCAGGGUAUUUGGAGGCUUCAGCGUAAAAGCAGGAGCAGGAUGGAGAAGGCCAUUGUCGGGGACCUGCUUGCUUUCUGUAUCCACCAACUCUCUCUGUGCCCCAGCACUACAUACCCACUCUCUUCCUUUCCAUCACACUCUUCUUCCUCCUUCCUCGGUCUUGUCACCUCUUGACUGCACCAAAGCAAGGCUGGACUUUCCUAGGGCACUGGGGACUGAGCAGUGUGCCUGUCUCUGCCUGUCAUAGAGGCACAGAGGAUAGAGAACAUGGGGAUCAGGAGAGAGUGUGGGAGCAUGAGCAAUGGCCUGGCUGGAUUUGACAGAGCUCCUGUUCCAGGCUAGGUUUCCACCUGCUUCUCAAGCACUGCUGAAAGAGGGGGACAUCCCCAGCCAGGUGCUUGUUACUCACUGACCCAUGGGAGGUGGGCAGCACCUCCCUCUCCUGGUCUGCAGCGGACCCAACUUGGCUGGGGGAAUAGAGGUGGCCAGCUUCCGACCUGUCCUUCCACGUUAGCACCAGGCUACAACUAGGAGGAGGAGAAAGCAAACAGAGGCCCUUCGUUCCGACUCAGACAGGGUUUAACCUUGGCUGACAACCUUGCUCAGCAGCAAGAGUGAGUCCUAAGCAGCUGGUGGCUGCUCAUAGGGACUGUGGUCAUCCCACCCCUGGGCCAGCAAGGGGCUGCAAUGACGGGCUCAAGCGGGUUCAUCAGAGCCAGCUGUCAGUUUCAGGACUUUUCAGAACUGGUUAAGAAGCAUAGACAUUAGUGAAAGUACCAGUUGAUACUUAUUCAAAACACAUCACAUUCUACUUAUUUGGUACCUUUGGCUGCUUCUAUGCCUUGAGGUGAUACAUGCCUUUUACAUCUGUGUGGGAGAAGCAUUGUAUUCACAUGCACCCAGAAUAGGACCCACAGGGCAGAGAAUCCCUGCUUUCUUUGGGUGUUGCUCCUAUUUUAUGCUGUGCAAAUCGAAUUAAACUAUUUGGAAGUUACAAAGUCUCUCCUUCUGAGCCCCAAGUAGUUUAUCCAGGAAGGAACCUUUUCUCACCUUUGACAUUCACCAGGCCUGUCUAGGUAGAACUUGACAGAUGAUGGCUUGAUUUCAUUUCCACCAUGGCAAUUGCUACAUAUUUAUUACACUAAAUCUAAAUCAGUAAAAGAAAGGAGAAAUGUUCUUUCUUUAUAUGUACUUUCCAAAAUGUGGUUGUGUAUCCUCCCACUGAGCCAGAAACACGUUGAACAGACUAUAUGUCCUUUGUGAAUGUCUAGAUACUGUAAACAGAGUCCUAGAAGUGUUUCAAGUGUGCUCCAUUCAGGACACGCGGGAAACCUCCACGCCACCCUCCUUUGUGAUGAGAUCUUGGCAGGAAUCCUGUCCUGGAUUUCCUGCCUGGGUGUAUUGCUUUGUGUCCUUUUCUUUCCUGUGUUUAAUGCUGUGUAAGCUGUCCUUGCUGUGUGUGUUCCCUGCUAGCCCUACUGUACUGUAUAUAUGUGCGGCAUGUGUGCAACUCAGUAAAUUCCUUUUCAGGUUUCUGGACUUUUCAUCUUAAGUACAGCUGAUCCUGCUGUGAACUCAUCUUUCUGGUAUGCUCCUCUGUGUCUGAUUUUGAUUGCCAAAAUAUUGGACCAAGAGUGUUUUCCUAAUAUCCCGAGACAGCCAUGUGUAUCCUUGUGAAAGGGCAUGCUCCAUGUGGGAUGGCUCAUGUACAGCUUAAAUUUAUCAUGUGUGGAAGUGUGUAUACAUUUAUAUGCCAGACAACUAACAUUCAUGUAACAGCUGCAGAGAUAUUUAAUGUACGUCAGAUUAAUAAAAGAGCAUUUUUGCUCCAUUAUAUUCAAA